AUGGCUACUUCGCUCGUUUCCUAUAGUGAGGCUCCCACAGAUGAUACCUCAUGUCAGGACUCAAGCCAGAGUGCUGGAAUGUACAGCUCAUGUUCCACUCACCCUUCAUCUUCUGUCUCCUCACUUUCCCAAAGGGAUAUCGUGGGUCUCAGAGAUGUUACUGACAAUGACAUGGCUGAAGAUCAUCUAAUUAAUCACUCUAACGAGAGCAAAGUGUUGACCUCGGAAGACACAUCAAUUGACCAGCAAGAGUUUGAUGACACUUUCCCAUCUUUUCUCCUCACACGGUUUGUGUGUGGAGAGAGUGUACUGCCAGAGCCUCAGAGAGCCAAACGUGUGAUCAUCAAUGACUCACAGACUGACGACGAAUCAGAUACAGACAAGAAUGCUUGUGAUUCCGACAUCCACCAACGCAUUCUGAGUGAUGGUGACUAUAAUGAGGUGGUGGACAAGGAUAGUGCCCCAGUCACUGCUGCUCUGAGUCAUGAUAAUGACUCCCAAACCUCACCCACAAUCGUCGACAAUGAUGUUUGUCGUGACCAUGACAUCAUCCGCUGUAUGCUCCGAGACGGAAACUAUGAUUUGUCAGUUGAAGUGUAUGCUGCACUCCAGAUGGACAUUAGUCAGGAUGGAUUUCACACUCCCUCCAGUACCGAUGAUGAUGGUAUGGAUGCACAUGAUUGUGAGAUUCUCCAGUCGAUUCUGAACGAUGGAAAUUAUGAGAUGUCGGCAGAUGAUGUGGCUACACUCGAGACAGUGAUUUCAACUUUGACUUCACCCACUCCAGUCACUGAUCUGUGUCAGUUCAGCUCUGAAGAAAACACAAGCUGUGAUGAAUCUCAAAUCCUAUCUGUGACUAAUGAAAGUGAUUCUGCCAUUCUUCAAUCCAUACUCGAUGACGGAAACUAUGAGAUUGCAGAUGAGGACCGUGCUGCACUCCACGGUGUGAUAAAAAUCCUCAUCACUGGCGGAACUGUUAUCAAUGUUCAGUACGCGGCGCAGGCAAGACCGCGCGAUAUAAAACAAAGCCAGUCUUCCAAGUUCAGUUCAAUUACUGAGAUGCCUCGGAUAAUUCUGGGAGUGCUAUUGAUCGCUGGCGUGCAGCUCGCCUCGAGCAUUUGCUGCGAUCAUGUAUGCGGUGUGGCCGAGGGUCUAAACAUUGGAGCCUUCAACGCCGCGAUUCUCGGAGCUAAGAAGACUAGCAACGUUUCCGUACUCGGCGUGCUCGCGCAAAUUAUAAGGCGCUACGAUGUGAUUCUUGUGCAAGGCAUCAGAGAUGUUGGAGGGGAAACGGUGGUACCAAGACUUUUAGCGGAAGUGAACGGGCAAGCCCAUCAGUAUGAAGUUGUAGUGAGCGGAAACCUUGGACAGACUAGGAAUAAGGAAAUGUAUGCCUACUUUUACAGGACUGAAACAGUUGAAGUAUGCGGCACGUACCAGUUUGAUGAUCCAGAUGAUGAGUUUGAGCGAGAGCCUUUCAGCAUCUGCAUCUGCUGCAACCAAACCAAUUCAGAAACAGAUCUCCUAUUAGCUACAGAGCCAUGGAAGUUCUUUCUCCUGGGAGUGUACGUAAAGUCAUCUGAUGCCUGCAGCGAGCUGGGUGCACUUGCAAAAGCUUACAGAGCCACUUCUGAAGCUCUUGACUGCUGCAGUGGCUUUAUACUGGGGGACCUUAAGGCAGACUGCACGCAUUUGAGUGGAUGUGAUUUCGAAGACCUCAAGGUAGUAAAAUAUCCCUCGGCCUCUUGGCUGAUAGACUUCUCAGUAGAUACCACCACAACGCCUACAUACUGCGCAUACGACAGAAUCAUUGCAGUAGAUGACACUAGACACCAUGUUGUUCCGAAUUCAGCAGGGGUGUACAGGUUUGACGAGGACUUGUCUCUCUCUCCAGAACUAUUAGCAAUCAUAGUAAGCUGCACUUUAACCCCCACAGCCAGAUGCCUGAAGACCAUCAUCAUAAUAGUUGUACUAUCGACACACCACCAGGCUCACUCCAAAGGCCCACACAAUCUGACGAUAACCAUAGACAAUGAAAAUAGAACCUUCACAUUGGAAGAAAAAGCAAAGGAUAAAUAUUUGCCCAACCAACUGGAAUUCGACCUGAAAGAAGAUUUUGGUGUCACAGAAUGCUGCCUCCAACCCACCGAUAUCCAGAACAUUUUCAUAGUCCCGUGCUCAACUGAUGCCUGGAGCCUAACAUCCGUCAUUAUUAUAGCAAUAGACUGCCUCGGUGAUUGUACACUCAUCACUUGCGAUAUUGACAUUGAUUUUGCCGUGGACUUAGACAACAGAGGAGGUGGGGAAACUCUGAAACUGACUCUCGCGAAAAACUGA